GUCGAGCGGAAAAAACGUCCUGACGGGCGCACGACCUUGCACGGAGAGUCAUGCACAAGUUACGUGAGUGCGUAGGCGAGGCCCUGCGAAUCUUUCCAAGCUUCAAUUUGACGGACGUCAAACUGAGCCAACUCCUCGUCAACGCUACUGCCUGCGUUUUGGCGAAAACGCGUUGCGCUUAUACGAAUCCGAUAACCGGGGAGAUUCAAGAGGACGAUCUAGCCAAUAAAUUUCACCUACCGUCUGUCAACGCCAUUUUCGUCAACACGGACUACGACAUCAACAUCGUGCAGUUUCCUAUCCGUUACGGUACCUCGGACGUAUGCGCGAAAUUCCGAAACGUCGAGCCGGCUACGUGGCCCUCCGCCGCUUGUUGACGGUUGCUUGACUUAUCGAUCGCUUACUUAUCCUUAUUCCACCUUACCUUUUAUUCAUUUUAAUACCACUUAUAUCUGGUCGAUCAUUUAUCUAUUAUGUCGGAUAUUAUUUAACGAAUCAUUAUGCUCUUUCCGUUCGACUAUCGACAUCUAGGCAGGACGUUCUCGUUAGAUCUAACGUUAGCAAUCCUUCGAGCCGGAUCUCGAAGAUUUAAAAAAGAAAUGUAAAAGAGCCAAUGUAA